AUGUCUUCGUUAGGUCAGAAAGCCAAUCGGUAUAUUCUCAUCUUUGGAGUGAUGACACUCGUUCCUCUCGUUUUCUUGGCCUACUCUUUGUCCCUUGUGUGGGGCAAUAGCUGUGGGGCCUCUCCUCCAUCUUCCGACUCAAUUGGUGCCGAGAGAAUCGCUAUCAUCGGUGCAGGUGCAGGUGGAUCUAGUUGUGCUUAUUACCUCCAAAAGUUCACGAGCUUCGGGUAUAAUAUCACCGUUUUCGAGAGAUCCAACUACGUGGGUGGCAGGUCCACCACCGUUAGGGCCAAGAACUCCUCAACUUUAGUGGAACUGGGUGCAUCGAUUUUCAUUGGCGAUAACGAAAUAAUGAUGAAUGCUGUUGAAACUUUUGGUCUGGACCAUCACGAUUUCAGCACUUCAGACGAGUUUCUUAUCUGGAACGGGGAGGAGGCUCUGUACACCUACCAAGAUAGCUCGAUUCCGUACUAUUCACAGACAAAACUGCUACUUCGUUAUGGUUUGUCUUAUUUUUCAGCGAAGACCCUGGUUUCGGGGAUUGUUGACAAAUUUUUGACCUAUUAUUACUCCGAUUAUUUUCCCUUUCCAAGCCUCACCAAACUUAGUUUGACGACUGGAUUCAGCGAGCUCACUGGUGAGACAUCGGAAACUUUUUUCACUUCGAAUAACAUUGGAAGUCUGUAUUUGCACGAGAUUAUUGAAGCUGUCACAAGGGUCAAUUACGCACAAAACGUGAACCAAAUCCAUGCCCUGGGUGCCUCCGUGUGUAUGGCUGCCGGCAGUGCCUACAGUGUCACAGGAGGGAACUGGCAAGUGUUUGAUAGCUUCAUUAAAGUCUCAGAAGCGAAUCUGCUGCUGCAACACGGUGUGGCCUCAAUCAAAAAGAAUGCACAGUCAAACUUUGAAGUUACUGCCGUUGAUAGUUCGGGGUACGAAUUUACGGAAGAGUAUGAUCAGGUGGUGAUUGCUGCUCCUUAUUACCAGACUAAUAUUAACCUUCCAACGGGGUACUCGUCAGAGGUAGAGAAUCGUCAAUAUGUUGAGCUCCAUGUUACUCUUCUCACCACUUUUGGAACCUUGUCAAAGAGCUAUUUCAACGCGGACUACGUUCCCACAACGGUGAUAACUUCAAGCGAAGGUGCACAAAAGAAUACACCUUUCUUUUCAAUUUCGAAGGUGGGGAAUAUCUCCGAAACCACCGAGUCUAUUUACAAGAUUUUUUCACCCGCAGAGCUCUCUGACAAAUUUAUCACUACAUUGUUCGAGAAAGGCUCUACUAUCAGCUGGGUGCACAGGAAAACGUGGAAACCUUAUCCCUACUUGAAGCCAACCACUCAGUUCACAGACUUCCAGCUGGAUCAGGACGGUCUCUGGUAUCUGAAUGGAAUGGAAGAGUUCAUUAGUACGAUGGAGACAAGUGCUCUGGCUGGUGCUAAUGUAGCUGCUUUGAUUUCGAAGGGCAAAAAUACCACCUUCCUCACGGUUCCUUGA